CUCCUCUUCCAAAACCUUCCGUCUCCGUCUCGACGGCAACAAUGACGCUUCCUUUUCUCCCCGGCCUUCAGAUUUUGACGCCCCUGUCGUACAUUGCAAUGGCGAGAAGAGUUCUCCGAUAAGAUCGCGAGAUUGCUGAAUUUCUCGACGAGGUUUGGAUUUCUACCGUCGGCGUUUGGAGAUUUUUCUUGAUUUCGAGUCGCCGUUAUUUUUCCGAGAAAUUGACAGAAGAGACGGUUCUCGUGGUAAUAUCGCAGAUAAGCGUAAGGGAAUGGGGAAGAAGGCAAGCUGGUUUACGACAGUGAAGAACGUCUUUAAAUCUUCUUCCAAGGAAUCGGAGAAGAAGAAAGAGAACGUAGAGAAAUGGCAACCAGAGAUGCCGGAGGUAGUAACGUUGGAGCACUUUCCGAGCGAAACCUCGCUGGACGCGACGAACGAUGAGAGCGCGCCGGUGUCCCCGACAACCGACGAUCGAAAUCAUGCGAUCGCCGUCGCGGUGGCCACGGCCGCAGCGGCGGAAGCGGCGGUCGCUGCUGCUCAGGCAGCCGCGAAGGUCGUCCGGCUAGCCGGCUAUCGACGCCAGUCCGAGGAAGAAAGAGCUGCCACUUUCAUUCAGUCAUUUUACAGAGGAUACUUGGCCCGACGAGCACUGCGCGCUUUGAGGGGGCUGGUCCGGCUACAGGCUCUCGUUCGGGGCCACAACGUACGGAAACAGGCGCAAAUGACCAUGCGGUGCAUGCAAGCUCUCGUACGCGUGCAAGGCAGAGUAAGAGCGCGACGUCUCCAGCUCACCCAGGAAAAGCAGCUCAACAAGAAAGUCCAUGGAGAGGGAGGAGACCGCAAAGGAGAAGAAAUGCAUGGGAGGAAGGACCCUGAAAUGGAGGGAUGGGAUGGGACGCAACAUAGGUCGGAGACGAUCAGGACCCACUCUCAACGGAAGCAGGACGCCGCGAUCAGACGGGAGAGAGCUCUCGCUUACGCUUUUACGUACCAGCAGCAGCAGCAGCAGCAAUUGUGGCAAUCGGAAUCGGAUAAGCAGCAGUGGGGCUGGAAUUGGCUCGAGAGAUGGAUGUCCUCCCAACCGUGGCACUCGCGACACGUGGCACCACCAGAGAGCUCCUACAUAACCCUCACCAACAUUGAUGACGAUUCCGAAAAGACGGUCGAGAUGGACAUGUCCAGACCCUCGGGCCGUUACACGCCCGAUCGGAUCCCGAAUCCGAACGGGCACGGGUACGCAGUAUUGGACCCGAACGCACCCGACAACAAUACACCCGACGAUGGGAAAGUUUCUCCAGUGGUCCCCAGUUACAUGGCUGCUACUAAGUCGGCUAAAGCCAAGGUCCGGAGCCACAUGCCAACUAAGCAGAGGGGCCCACCUGCGCACCAAUGGAACUCGUUGACGCGACGUUCAUCGGUCGGCUACGAUUCGUCGAGCUCGGCUGGUGGGACUCUAGGCUUCCUGGCGCCGAGGAGUCCAAGCCCAAAGACGAAGGGGGUGCGCGCACCGACGCGGCGGUUCACCGGCUACAGCCCUGAUUCGAGCGGUGGAGAAGAUCGGACCCCACCAUGGGGUGGGCAAAGAAGGAGGAAUGAAUUUGAGUGACGUACUAGCCCGCAUUCAUCCAUCUAUAUGUUUUUUUUUUCAUUUGAGGAACGAUCACAUACAGCCAUUGCACGGUUACGUUACUAUGCUACACCAUCUUUCCCUCCAAAGUGUCAUACUUAUACAAAAUCCUAGCCGGAAAAAGGUGGCCCACCUCAUGAAGAUCCUAUGGCAUGAAAAUCAGGCUGAUCCAGUCUUGGAGGAUCCACAUCUUUAGGUCAACUGUUUUUUCAACCGUUAUUUCUGAUGGUGUGGUAUGUGGCCUGUCC